GCCGUCACGUGAUCUUGGCUUGCGCGGGGUCGUCGAAAUUCAGAAAUUCGGGCUCGAAGGAACACUGGGAAUACUGGGACGCCGAGGAAAGGUUGUGUCAGGUAAAAAAAGAUGGCGGACGAGGAAACUUACCAACGUAGCAUUCGUCAGAUGAAAGAGAUGGCCAGCUUUUACGAUCGGCAAGCGCUGAAGCUGAACACGACGCUGCAGGCUGCCGGCAUUGGCCCUGCUCAGCUCCCGGCCUCCGUGAAGAAGCGGCUGAGCGACCUCGUCAAGUGCGCGGAGCUCGUUGGCUGCGAAGGAGAUUUCACCUUGGACGACAUAAGGACCAAGUUCUCGGAGGUGCUCGCGACAAAGGAGGAACUGCAGCUCAAGGUUGAAUCGCUGGAGCCUGUGGCCCAGGAACUGGGAGACAUGCUGGACUGCGCAAAGGAAGCAGCAAAAAACCAGGGACCGGCCCCGAUGUCCCAGAAGGACGACCUCGACAGCGUGAUCAAGUCCCUGCAGAAAGCAGACGACGCCGACAAGGCAAACUUACGGGCUGUGGAGAUGCAGCUUGUUGAAGUACCGGAGCACUUUGAACCACUGCAACUGGUCGAUGACCUGAAGAAGCUGCGGCGGCUCAAGCAGGAGAAGAAAGAGCUGAAAGAGAAACUUGAACGCAUGCACGGGCUUCCACCGGACAAGGACCUGAUGAGGCGAAAGGUGGCACUCGAAAAGGAAACCCUGGAAGCACUCAAGGCAGAGAUGAAUGCUUUGGUAAAGAAAGAAUGCAAGGUGGUCACACAGAGUCUCUCAACCAAGUAGGCUACAGACUGUCGUAUGCUGCCUUGCAUGGCCACGUCUGUUCACAUGGGUCAUUCUCCUGAAAGAUUAUAGACACCUUUCGAAAAAUUGUUUUAUUCUUUUCUUGCCAUAA